AUCGACAAUUUGUUGGGCCAGGGCACAGGUGACAUCGAGUAGUGAUUCAACACGCUCUCGUAUGUCGGGGUCUUGUACCUCCACGCAAAGCACUGCACUCGUCUCCGGGCUUCUGUGAAGAAUGCAGACCCCCUCUAAUUCCUUGGUACAACACUCGGAAUUAGAGCCUUGGUCGCUGCCGAGCCAGUGCGAAGAGCGGUUUCGUACCCGCCACUGGUGACUUCUAUCUCUGUUUAGAGAUAUUGGGCAGUUCUCACAGGAUCGGUCUUCGGGCGACAAAGGACGAACAGUAUGGGCGAUGCAAGGCCUGGUGGACAAGUGGGCAUCGAGAGCUACGGGGCUCGGACUUGGUGUGUGGGAGGAAAGGUGGGCAAGAGAGUGGAAUUCUGAGGUAUGGGAGGAUGGUUGAGUGGUUGAAUGGGCUUUUCGACAAACUUCUUCGACAUCUUCUUCGACAAUUUCUCGGCAAUCUUCUCGACAUCCUGGAUUCUGGACAUUCUGGACUUCUUCACUCUUUUUAUCUCCUCCUCCUCCUCCUUCGACAUUUCUUCUAUAUCUUUUUCGAUUUCGGUUGUACCCACUCAGUUCCGGUUGUCAUUCUUUUAUUCUCCUCCCUCCCUCCCUCCCUCCUUCGAUCGAUGCGAAUAACUGAGUUCUUUUCAUUGACUAUCCUGGCAUUCAAAGCUGAGAAGUUGAGGAAGAGAUUAACAUCCAAUCGUUCCCAUUACAUUAUCAUUUAGUGCCAUUGUUGUUGUCUUUUUUCGUUAACAAGCCUAGCAAAUUGCCGCGCCGUUGAGGGAGAAGUCGAUACGUUCUCGCAGCUCGUCCUUCGCACUGUAUUACUCUGCUUCUUGGUGUUGAUGUGACCGGUACCGUAGGCAUUUAGUAGUAGCUCGUUCAUCCCAUAAAACCCCUCUGACUAUCUCUUGGUGUUUAAGUGCCAGGCACCUCGCUGCAUCGCCGAAGCACACAACCAUGUCGACGUAGCACAUCCCCACACAUGCGCAUUGCCUCCUGAUGUUGAUGAAACUUCCAUAACCUGUGCCAUUGAAGAGCGCUGCCAUAUUGUGGCGGCUUGCCCCGCAAUGCCCUUAUUUCUCUUGGUGUUGACUUGCUUGCAACCCUCGUCGCGCCACCAUUCCGGUUCACCUUCCCUCCACGCACACGUUAUUUUUCUUGUUGUGUUGAAGUUCCUUUCUAUUCUCUCAUUCACUUUUCUUCGCUUGUUCAGGUUCACGUAGUAACUAUGCCGUUCCACCCCCCGGCUGCGUACCUGCUAUGUAAGCACUCUAUAUUGCUCCCACCCGUGCCUUCUUGAUACCAGUAUCGCGCCGUUCGUGCACGUUCCUAAGUGAGGAGGUAAACAUGUCGCUCUUCGCCACUACAACAUUCCGCAUCCGCUUUGGCGCAGCCAUGUCGGAAGUGGGGCCAGCUUGCUGCCAUCGUCCGCAUAGCCUUUUCGUUUUCGGGACUGCAAACAUGAUCAUCCCCAAACUACACCAAUCCACCUUUUUAUUCUUUUCUCGUCGUUCCAGCCUCGCGAAGGUACUGGCGGCGGGACACACAAUAGUGUCGACGGCAAAAUCAGGACGCCCUCACUUACCAACUUCGAAUGUGCUGUUUAACUCUUCGUGCCGUUCGUGCGUGAUCCAU